AUGUCCAAAAGAAAGAGCAGCCCCCUUUGGAACCACUUUGAGGAAGUUGUGCCUGGAAAGAAGGCAAAAUGUGGCUACUGUUCCCGGGUACUGGCGGUUUCAUCAAGCUCAAUCGGAAGUUUAAGCCGACACAUGAAAUCCGUCCACCCGACUGUACAAAUUAGCAGUAGCCGACAGCCGGCAAUAACACCAGCGGCAGUAGAAGCAUUCGACGGCGACAUCAUAGCAUCAGCGGAGCCGGCAGCAGUACCCUCGAGUAGCGGCAGCGUGCAAGGUGAGGAUCACAGAGCCGAUAAUGCUUUGUUUGUACGACUUGGCCAGAGACCGACCGCGGCUGCCCCUACAAUGGCUGAUUACGUGCAGUCAAAAAAAACCCUGCCAAGACAUCGAGUGCAACAGCUCGAUGAACAAUUAGUUCGAAUGAUUGCGAAGGGAUAUCACGCCCUUCGCUUGGUUGAUGAAGUGGAGUUCCGCAAGUUCGUGGAAAUGUUGAACCCGGGCUACACAUUACCGACCCGGAAAACUCUUUCCGAGAGCUUGCUCCCCAAGGUCUAUAACAAAGUCUUAGAAACAGUGAAAAAGCAAAUCGCUAAAGCUGCAGCUGUUUGCAUUACUACAGACGCAUGGACAUCCUGUGUGCACGAUGGCUAUAUUGCGGUCACUGCACAUUUUAUUGAUACUGAAACGCACAAAGUAUGCACAGUUAUGAUUGGGUGCUUAGAGUUUGAGGAGAGACACACCAGUGCAAAUCUAAAAGGCUUUUUGGAGGCGAAGUUCCAGGAGUGGAACAUAUCACAAUUCGUCAAUGUAAUAGUCAGUGACAAUGCGGCGAAUAUUUUAAGUGCUGUGCGGCUAGGAGGCUGGCGAUCUUUGCCUUGUUACGCACAUACCUUAAAUUUAGUGGUGCAAGGUAGCUUGGACGCCUUGUCUGAUACGAUGGAUAGGGUGAAAGGCGUUAUCGAAUAUUUUCAUCGCAGCCAUCCAGCGAAGAAGAAAUUGGUGGAAAUUCAGGAGCAAAUGCAUAUUUCCCCAUUGAAACUGAAGCAAGACGUAACUACGCGCUGGAACUCUACAUAUGAUGCGCUAAACCGGUUGCUGAGGAUGAAAGAAGCCCUAAUUGCCACUUUAGCAAUUAUGAGGCCAGACAUCAACCUGCCGCAAGAUGAUUGGAUCGUUAUCGAAAAAGCCACCGAGGUAUUAAAACCCUUUUAUGAGGUCACUACUGAAAUUAGUGGCGAACAAUACGUAUCUGCGUCAAAAUACAUUGUACUCUGUAAAAUAAUAAAUCGGUCCCUCAGCAAAUAUUCUCCGGAUGGUCAUCCCAAGUUGGAGCGCCUACAUAACGCACUCAAACAACAAAUGGCGCAAAGAUUCGGAGAUGUAGAAAAUAAACCACUUCUUUGCGAGGCGACCAUAUUGGAUCCGAGAUUCAAGAAAAGUGGCUUCAGUGAUUUAAGAAAUUUUGAGAAAGCAGUGGCUGCUCUAAAAUUGAGAAUUGGCUCGGACAGAACCCUGACCCACGUACCCGUUCAGGAGGAGGCAACGCAAGUGCCAGCUCCUCAGCCGCCGAAAACUGGCUCUAUUUGGGACGAUUUCGACGAGGAAAUUUCUGCUCUCGUCCCACAAAACCCAACCGCUGCUGGCAUUGUCGAAUUCGACAAAUACUUAGACGAACCUUUGAUAAAAAGGUCAGAAAAUCCUUUGCUCUGGUGGAGUGAUCGCAAAGGCGUGUAUCCCCGGCUGUACAGAUACAUGUUGAAACGCCUCAACAUCGCAGCAACAUCGACUGCGUGCGUUGUACCCAUCGCGCGCAUCUUCCCUGUGAUAAGAGGGUCCUGUGAUAUCGACGAGUUCGACUUAGCUUUAAAACUAGUUAGUCUUUAG